CGUGGCGCUUCAGUCGAUGGUCAUCCUUCGUAAGUGACGGAUCGUUUCGUUUUCUAGUUUCUCUUCCUCAUAAUAAUUGUCCCUUUUUUAAGUUUUCAUUUCGCAGAACAUUUUAUCAAGGAUCAUCCUGAACGAGGAAACAAUCCUUAAAAAAUUUAUCUCACGUAUACGUAACUUUGAUCGAAGAUAAGGAAAAAAAUAAAAAAAAAACACAAAAAUAUCAGUGUCGAGUCCCAGUGUUUUAAUUACAGUGUCGAUUAUGAUGCGCGAUCAGCGGCUUUAAUUUUUUUAUAAUUAUACCCUGUCACAAAUCAAACGUCACGGGAAUUUUGCGACUAGAUUAUGAACGGAAAAAUGAACGGACCGGUUUAUGCGUCCUCCUGUCCUACACUACAAUCGAAUCUCUCUUUACAUAGUUCAUCAUAUUAUAGCGAAUACAGUGGCACAACUAGAAGACGAUUGUCAUCGACCGGUGAGGCUGAUACUUCCGCUACUUCGAGCUACGAAGGAAGCGACAGCUCCGAAAACAGCGACGAAUCACGAUUGGAUCCGGUUAGCCAAAUGGAACGCGAACAAUUGGAGACGUUCUUUCGUGGACUAAAAUCACAGGUAUUCGUAUGCGAAUCACUGGCAAACUUGUAUCUUGGUAGCGCCUCACAAACAGAAAGGUGGGAACUUCGAUUCACCGGAAUACCGGUUGUCGUCCUCGAUCUUGGAGAAACACGAUCAAGAUCUAAAAGACGUAUUCAGAUUUUAUUAGCUGAGCGAGGCACUUGCUUCACAUUGUGGCGAGAAACUAUUGAUAAUCUUUCAUCCUAUAAGAAUUUAAUACAGGUAUCGGGACCAGCAUUUCACACAAUGUGUCUCUCGUCGGACCACACACGUUUAGCUGGAUUGAGCUUCGACAAUCCGAAAGCAGCGAACGAUUUGUGGCAGCACAUAGAACGACUAGUGUCGUGUCCAGAGAACAUAAGUCUCUCGGUGCCAGGUAAAAAGAAAAAGAAGGUGCCGCAGAAGAAGGUCGUCCUACCAGCGAAGAGCAACAUAAGCCAGCCAUGCCAAUUCCAGCACGUGACGAGCGUCGAUGCUGCCGAUCGAUCGCGAUAUUUCUCCCUUCAAACGUUGGUGCCAGCCUUGAGCGAGCUAGAGAACUCCCUCGAGGCAAGUUUCUGAGUCACGGACAACCUCAUGAAAUCUUCGUAGUUUCACUUCACCUCUUCACCUUAUAUCGAAUCGAAUCUUCUUUCUUUUUUUUACAAUGAGAGUAUCAUCGUAUGUGGAGUUAACAAGAGUUCCGUUUUUUCUGUUUUUUUUUUUUUUUUUUUUAACAAAAAUAUAUCCCAUUUUCCGAUUAAAGGGAAAUAAUUUGCAAAGGAAAAUUGACGAUGAUAGGAAUCGAUGCAUUUCCAUCGAGUUCAGAUUAAAUUCACUUAUCCGGUAAUUUUAUUUGAACUUCAUGAUAUUUCAUCGAUUUCAUCGUCAUAGAUUUUAUCAUACCGUUUCCGAAUAUUGGAUAAAUGGAAGACUGAAAUUCAUCUAAGUUUUCGGGGAAUCAUUUAUUUUCGUUACAGGAUAUCGUCCCUAGAUGGGAUAUUGGAUUAUUUCGGAACUCUUUACGUCGCCUUUCAUAAAUCUGCAUAAUAAAGAUAAAAGGCUGACUGUUUUUACAAGAAUCAUAUUGUUUCGUUCUGAAUCGAUACUCGUAAAAUACGAGGAAUUACGACGAAAUUGCUAGAAACUUGAAAGAAAUACUCGAAAUUUACAUUCAAUUAUUUUACAGUGAAUAACGAAGAACGAGUAUUUCAAUGAGAAAUACAUGAAGCGUGACACGAAAUUAUAGAACAUAAUGAGCGAAAAAAAUUACAAAAAAAAAGAGCGUUAAAAACUUGUCUCGUUUCUGUAUAUUCAUUAUUAUUCACUUUUGUAUAUUCUGUCAUGGGCAUAUAUCGUGGUCAUGAAUGUUAAUUUCACAAAAAUAGAUUAUUCUUUAAAAACAGAAAUUAGUUUCGUAAAAGUUUCGAUUUUUCUUUUCUUACCUAUUAUUUUAAGAAAAACGCUCGAGGUUGUUAUCCGACGAUACAAUCACUAUAUAAACGUGAUCGUUGAAGUUUCUAAUCUUAGAUACGUCUAUAGAAAUAAAUCCUGAAUCUAUAAGACGAUCUAUAAUAAGAAUCGUUUAAUCAUAAAUCAUCAAUACAAUGCUAUUAUAUUAUAUG